CCGCUUGACCAUGAAGAGUAAAGGUGAGCCGGGAAUAGACGGGGGUGACGACGCCUAGGCGCAUCCUCGAUCUGCGCGCCGUGUGUACAUGAGGAGAUAUGCACGCUCAACAUGUGAGCACGCGAUAACCUUCCCUCGACUCUUCCUUUGUCAUUGUUUCUUUUUAUCGGACGGAUACCCUUGCCGUAAGCCACAGGCUUAGUCGUCCAUGGUGCUUUCCGCUCUCUUGUUCGCACCGUAGUAGCAUCCGACAUUCCCAACAUUCUUAUCCAGCCAUCCAUCCAUAGGACAAUGCGCCUCAUACAAACCAGUCCGCAGUCACCAUGAGACUCCCGCUCGAGACUCUUCUCCUAAUUGUGCACCUCAUCUAUGUCACAACCGCCGUACCCGUACCCGUGCCCGUUGCACGCCGCAGCACAUCGUUUCGCGCCCUCCGUGGCUUGACGCCACUGGUCAACUCCUUCUCCAACGGCCACACGUACAAACACGCACCUACAAAGUACUUUUACGAAUCCACGUUCAAUUCGCACUACGAUGGGCGCUUUGCCUCUGCCGAGCUUCCUUUCCGGGAACGAGUAUGGAAUCUGCGGUUGAUGCUCAAAACAUAUACCGAGACAAUGGAUCAGAUCGGAAUCCAAACAUGGAUCAUGCACGGGUGUCUGCUCGGGUGGUGGUGGAACGGCGGACUAAUGCCAUGGGACAAAGACCUCGACUUCAUCGUUGAAGAAGAAGGCAUGCAAGAGCUGGGCGAAUGGUGGAACAUGACCGUCCACCACUUCCCCGCUGCCUCGCUCGGUCUCGACGACGCCCGCUCCGCCGAAAGCGACCACUGGGCCAGUGAGCGCUACGCCGCACAAGACGACGAGUCCGACCCCGAAGACGACGACGCCCGCUCCAAGCGCCUGGCUUGGGAACAAGAAGUGCGUGAAAACGGCAAGAAAUACCUGCUAGAAGUCAACCCAAACUACACCAACAAAUCCACGUCAGACAAGCACAACCUCAUCGACGCCCGCUGGAUCGACACUUCAAACGGGCUCUACAUCGACAUUACUACCUUACACAUCGCCCCCCUUUCCUCCGCCCAAGAAGACGAAUUUAACGACAACGACCCUUUCUCCCUCACCCCCUCCUUCGCCAUCCACCCCUCAGCCCACGAACCCGACCCUUACGCCGAUGAAAUUCAACUCUACGUCAAAGACACACACGCCUAUCUCUCCUCGCAAAUCUAUCCCUUGCGCACUUCGCACUUGGAAAAAGUACCAAUCAAGGUACCGUACGCGUACGAAGAAGUGUUACUAGAAGAGUAUGGCGCUGAGGCGUUGACGGAGAGUUGGUAUAAUGGGUAUGCGUUUGAGACGGAAAGGGGACAGUGGGUGGAGAGAAAUCCGACGAUGGAGGAGGCGAGGUAUUUUAGGGAGAAGUCAGGGAAGACGACGGGGAGGAGUGCGGGGACGGGAAGGAUUGGGCAUGGGUGGAGGGGCGAGGGGAGUUUGGGGAGUGUGGAGGGGGGCGCCGGGGGUACGUAGAAUGAGGAUGAGGGUGAGGGUGAGGGUGGUUGAACAAAAAAAAAGAGCUUGUUGUACAUAUGGAGAAGAAGGAAUUAGAUAUAUGGAUAUGCAGAUAUAUAUAUAUAUGGGGUUUUCUGGGUAGACAUUUACGAGACAAGCAAAGCAAGCGGCAUGGAGGGUUUUAAAACAAAGUUUGUUCUUUAGCGGAAAAAAAGGCUUCGAAAAAAGUCCAUCUCUGGGAUUUAGAGAUUAGGGACAUGGGUGAAAAUAAAAC